AUGACGACACAGAACCGUCCUUCAGAAACACCAGCACUCCCUCCUAACGUAAUAAUCUUCACUCCUAAAUCACCCUCAUCCGUCAAUGCCCUCCUCAACGCGCGGAUCUUCACCCGCCUCGUCGCCAGCUCAUCCUGCACGCCCGCCAAACUAGCAGCCAUCAAGAAAUAUCCCGGUGUGCAAGAAGAUUUCUGUCUCAUCCACCGCAACGCUGUGCUCAUCUUUGACGGAGGUGGCGAUGAGGAUGUGCAUCAUGAGCAUUUCAGAGUGAUUUGUCUUGCACUCAAAGAGCAUGAUGUUGGCCUCGAUGUUGCGGGUUGUAUACAUGACGCCACUGAUGCGCUUGCGGUGGGGUUUCAGCUUGAUAAGUUGAAUGAUAAGGCGGCGUUGGUCAUUGAUCUUGUUGUGGAGGAGGAUAGUGAUGAGGAUUCGGAUGCUUGAGAGCCAUGGUAUGGGAGCAUACACUGCGAUUAUUGGCAAAGAGAGGGCUCGAGAAGAGCUUUGAGUUGAAGUCUUUGACAAGGGAAGAAUCGCCCGGAUUAUCAAUGAAACUCAUUCUGGA